AUGAGUUAGAAAUUUAAAUUAGUUGAGCAAUUCCAAAGUUUACCAUUAAUAGUUAGAAAACCAAUAGCUGUGAUGAAUUUUAACUUGUAUAAGAAAUAUCAGCAUUCUUAAAAUUAUUAUUACAUUAGAGAAAUAAAUGAGAUAUUAGGUGAUGCAUCAACAAAACAAGUAAUUAAUUUUAAAGAUUGGCUAACAAUAGAUGAGGAAGUAUCCUAAUAAAUAAAUAUAAAUAGGAUGAAUAUUUAAAGCGAUUUUAUAAUAUAGAAGAAUAUCCAUAAAAAAUAGUUUUACUUACCGAGUAUUACAAAGUAUAGUAUUUGAUUGAAAUAGUUUCAUGCAGAUAUUGCUAGAAUAUUUGAAGAGCCAAUAUGUAGUGUUCUAAAUAAAUAUUAUGAUAAGAAACGAAAGUAUGAUUAUUUUCGAAUAGCUAAAAUAAUUGAAGAAGAAAAUAAAUUAAAUCCUCAAAAACCACCUAAAGGUAUAGUAGGUGAAAGACCAUCUCCUGCUAAUUCUUAAGAAUCUCUACCACCUGAUUAAGAAGAUGGUGAAUAUGAAGUCUUACAAACUUAGAUUCUUAAAGAAAUAAGUUGGUUAAAGGUAAAUUAUUGUAAACAUAUAAAACUGCUUAGAAUGAUAAAACAUUACGUAAAGAUGUGUCAUAGACCAUUAAUGAGUUAUUUAAUCAUCUUGAUCAAUAUGAUGACCUGUCUUCUUUCUCUAUUCUUACCAAUCCAAAGAAAGAGAAGAUUACAUUAGACAAUUUCUUACUUUUUAUUGGUAAUUAAAUUAAUAAAAAAUAAAAAACAUCACCAAAUCCAAAAUUGUCAUAAGAAUAAAAAAUAUAAGAAUUAAUAUUAAAAUAAAAAGCUAUAACUUAAUCAAAAGGAUAACCUAGCUAUAGUAUACAUAAAAAAAAUGAUGCCAAAUAUAGUAUAGGUUCUAUUGAAAAAAAGAUUAACUUUGUUAAAGAUCAAUUUAAUAAUAAUUCAAAGAAAUCGAAUAGACAAGCUUCUACUGAUAUUAUUGAAAGUUUAACCAAAAUAGAUAACAAACCAUAAGAAAUUAUUAAAAAUAAAUCUAAAACAACUAUUAAUAAAAAUUAACAAAAAAAUAAUAAAAUUAUACGUGAUAUAAAUUAAAAUAAUACACCCACUCCUUCUUUGCAUAAAGUCUCUAUAAGUUCAACUCAUCUUAAAACAUAAUAAAUAUAAUAGAAUAAUAAUAUUAAAUUAAAUUCUCUUGCUAAAUUAUUGAUAGAAGAUACUUAUCAUGAUCAUUAAUAUAAUAAACUUAAAUAAGGAGCUAUUACUCAUAGACCUUUAUCAGGAACAAAUUUAUUAUUUACUUCUUAUUCUAAUCGAAAUAGUCCUUCUAUUAAUUACAAAAAAUCAAAUGUACAAAAUUCCAAAUAGGAUAUCAAUUGCUUAAAAUAAGGAAAAUCAAAUAAUUCUACUUAACAAUCCUAAUAAUUUGGAUAUAUAGCAAAAAAUUUAUUCAAAAAAGUUUUAAAUUCAAAAAAACAAAAACCUAUUAAUCAUAUAAAAUAAAGUUCUCAUCAAGAUAAAGUACUUAAUCAAUUUGAUAAAUUUAAAAUGAAUUGUAAUUCUUAAUAAUUAUUUAAUGAUAUUAAUGAUAAAAAGUAACACAAAAAAAAUAAAUCAGAUGGAAGAGCAUUGUAUAAUAAAUUAUCUACACCAGAUAUAGGAUGUUUGACAGAAAGGCAUGA